GUCUCAUGGCCUGAUUUUUUUCAUUCAAUUCUUUUUUUCCCGCUUAAAACUCCAGAGAGACAAUUAUCGAGUAUUCGUGAACAAGACGUCAGUGGGGUUUUUAAACUGAUGCCGAGAGGAUCGAGACGCAUGAACAGAAUAAAAGUGUCGCGAGUUCAACCUUCAUUAUGAGUUUACUCGAGGAUGCCGAAAAACAGGUGGAUUCACUCAUUCAUCUGCGGAUUAAUCGGCCUCUGUACGAUCAGAGCACUCUGAAUCAAGAAUUUUCGUAUGAAAAGCCGAAAAUAUCACUUAUCGAUAACAUUUCGACGUCCCUGAAGCAACAGUCAUGUCACUCUUGUGCAACAUCAGUGCUACCCGUUAUAGAUUGGUUGAGGAAAUAUAAGUGGAGAGAUCACAUACUCUCGGAUAUUAUUUCUGGUGUAACAGUCGCUAUAAUGCAUAUUCCUCAGGGCAUGGCGUACGCACUACUAGGAAAUCUACCGCCAGUCGUUGGAAUUUACAUGGCAUUUUUUCCUGUACUCGUUUAUUUCUUUUUUGGAACUUCCAGGCAUGUCUCCAUGGGUACAUUUGCCAUUGUUUGCCUCAUGACUGGGAAAGCAGUGGCAGCUUACUCAACCCCCCAAGACACCCUGAAUGAUGAAUUAAAUCGUAAUGACACUGUGACAAUUUAUAGUCCGAUGCAAGUGGCAACCGCUGUCACAUUCACGGUUGGAAUAAUGCAGAUUUUAAUGUUCUUCUUACGGUUGGGAAUCAUUAGCACUCUGCUCAGUGAAACACUUGUUAAUGGUUUCACAACUGGAGCUGCUAUUCACGUACUCAUGUCACAAAUUAAGGAUCUCCUGGGAUUGAAAUUACCGAGACGCAAAGUUUAUCACUUUGAGAUGAUUUACACGACUAUAGACACUGUGAGUGUACUCAGUACCCCAAACUACGCAGCUAUCGUCGUAUCGGCUGUUGCCAUCGUAAUAAUGUGGUCGAACAAUGAAUAUUUGAAGCCAUGGAUCAAGAAGAAAUGCAACAUGCCACUGCCAAUCGAGUUGAUUGCCGUUGUGACAGGCUCAUUAAUAUCCAAUUACUGUGAUUUGCCAGGGCGCUACAGCAUCAAAACUGUAGGUCAUAUUCCAACGGGACUGCCAAAGCCCGAAAUACCCACUUUCCAGUUGCUGCCGACUGUCGCGGUCGAUUGCAUUGCCAUCACCAUGGUCUCCUACACAAUAACGCUUUCCAUGGCCCUGAUAUUUGCCCAAAAACUUCAGUACGAUAUUGACUCGAAUCAAGAGCUCUUUGCAAUGGGCAUUAGCAAUGUAGUAGGAUCAUUCUUCCCCUGCAUGCCAGUGUCUGCAUCGCUCAGUCGAUCUCUGAUACAACAAACUGUAGGUGGAAAAACCCAAAUAGCCAGUAUUGUUUCCUGCUCUCUUCUAUUAAUUAUUUUGCUGUGGAUUGGCCCCUUUUUUGAAGCUUUGCCAAGAUGCGUGCUGGCGUCGAUAAUUGUGGUGGCAUUGAAGGGAAUGCUGCUGCAGGCUAAACAAUUGCCCAGAUUCUGGAAGCUCAGUAAACUCGAUGGAAUGGUCUGGAUUGUCACUGUACUCUCUGUUGUGUUAAUUGGAAUCGAUAUCGGAUUGCUGGCUGGUUUAGUCACAUCUGUUGCAAGCAUUCUACUACUCAGCAUAAAACCGUAUGCCUGUUUACUCGGACACGUGCCAAAUACUGAUUUAUAUCUAGAUUUGACGCGUUACAAAAAUAUUGUUGAGCUUCAAGGUAUAAAAAUAUUCCACUACUGUGGAGGCUUGAAUUUCGCCAAUGCGAAUCACUUUAAAUCCCAAGUCUUCACUCUAAUCGGGAUGAUACCGCAAAGAGUCUUGAAGAUUCGCGCGAAAAGAGCGAAAAAUUCACUGUACCAAGUGAACCAAGCGGAUCAUCGCGAAGAGGGCCUGAACUGCAUUAUAAUGGACAUGAGUGCACUGAGUUAUGUUGACCCCAGUGGUAUUAAAAUGCUCCACACAAUAGUGGAUGAGUUCUCAACCGUUGACGUAGAGGUUUACAUCGCCGGCUGCUCGGCCCCGGUAUUUGAGAGUUUCGUUAAAUCCGAGAAAUUUGCGAAAGGCGACCACAGCUUCAAAAUAUUCGCGACUAUUCACGACGCGGUUGCUUACGCCGGCGAUAAGUUUAUAAUCAGAUGAUAUUGUAGGAAUUAUAAAGUAAUAGAUGGAAUGCUUCGUUUAAGGAAUGACAAGGGUCAUUCAAUUCAUCAAUUUGACGAUUGAUUUAAAUCAACAGUGAAGUGGUAAAACGUAACAAUUGCAGACAUUUCUACGCGUUUGAAAAAAAUUCAUAGGAAAACCUAGCGAACUCGCUAGACAAUUCCACUUCUAUUGGA